AUGCGAGUUAACAAGAUCCUCGUGGCUCUGUCCGCAAUCCUACCUGUUGCACUUUCUGCCAGCAUUCCAUCCCCAGAGGGACCCUGCCAGCCAGACACCCGAAUGUGCCGCGAGAACGGCUUGUUGCAGUGCAAUUACCAAGGUGAAUGGAAUCUAGUACGAGCAUGUGGCAACACAGCGGUCUGUACCAUUGACGUCGACGACCCCGAUGAUCGCGGCUCUUGUCUCGAGACAAGUUGCGACAACAUCGGCGAAGAGCGCUGCCUCGGCAACGAGUGGCGUCUCGAAUGCAACAACGAGCACCAAUGGAAAGUCGUCGAAGCAUGCCCUGUACCCGGAGUAUGCAACGCACUCAUGAACAAGACUUCCUGCGCGACCAAGAACUUGCCGCCAACGUACCCUGGUCCUCCGACCCCUCCACAGCCCGAGCCGUGCCAGACAGUGGAAGAGGUGCGAUGCUCAAAGUGGUCCAGCGGUCUUCACUACAUCGAAUCCUGCAACUAUGACCAAUUCUGGAUUGCCCGCACAACAUGUGGACCUCAAGACUUCUGUAUGUACUGGGUGCCCGGUAAAAAAGUCGUUUCAGGCAAGGUGAAAUGUAUCUCUAUGGCCGGUAUCCCGCCCACUGUUCCUCCUCCCAAAUCCCUUGACUCUCGGUCGUGGAUUUCGCAAGGAACUCCAGAUGCUCAUAAGUAUUGCGAUACUGGCACGUCUCGCUGCUCUGGCAACAAGCGUCAGGAGUGUGUCGACAACGUCUGGAAAUCUACUAUGUGUCCUAAGACUUCCGAAUGCGUCAGGCAUGACGAUGUCGUGCAAUGCUGGAUGAAGCCACCUACUCCACCGACCGUACCCGAGCCAUGCACACCAGGCGAUCGAAAGUGCGACUCCGACGCAUACGCUCUCAUGAUUUGCGGAGACAACGAGAUAGUGUGUGAAACGGUCAGAAGCUGCGAGUACAUGAUGUAUCUCUACCCUACUGCUGGCUCGCCUGAUGCUGAGACCAAGGAGAAGUACCGCAAGAGCAUGUGCGCGGAUGAGGCUGUAAGUGGACUAUCAUCAUGA